GUGUUUUUGUGAAGUUGAAGGGAAAUAGAGAUCCUCGUUGCAGUGUUUUGGUAGCUAACUGUGUGUCUUGCUUGGAUUCACUUGCAGCUGCACAUGUUCUUGGAACUAUUAGUCUAAGAAAAUGGAAGCUGCCACCAUUUUUUGCGUCUACGCUGGGUAUUCGAAAUGCAGCACAAUUUAUCAGAAAGCAACACUUUUCCGACAGUUCCAGCAAACCAAUAUUGCUGCAGCCAGAAGGAGGCCCCACUAAUGGCAAGGCAUUACUAAAGUUCACCGACUGGCCUUUCCCUAUUGGUAACAGAGUUCAGCCUGUCGCUAUAACUGUAGAGCGGCCGAUGACCAACGUGUCAGUGCGUAGCCCCUCUGACACCCGGGAUCGCUUUCCGUGGUCGGAUGCCCUGUGGUUCCUUUGCGCUCCUGCUACUAUGUACACUUUACACGCAUUGCCACCACUUGAGCGUGGAGAUGAUGACGACUCGGCGUUCGCCACGCGGUUGAGUCGUACGAUCGCUGAAGCUCUGCAGAUCGAAGCAACGGAGUUUCGUUGGGAGGAUUUGCCCGGGGGACGUCAGGCUGGACGCAGUAGACAGGCAUUUGCCAAUGAAAUGGCUCGCAUGGCACGACAAGUACGUGAGGUGUUGCCAGCCGUGCCCGAGCGAGACGUAUUACGCGACUUAGCGAGAACACGCAGUGUUGAUGUGACGAUAACGAACUUCCUGGAAGGCAUCACUCCCUACAAUCCGGAGCCCGAGGCGGCAGCGGAGCCCCGGGCGGGUCCCUCGCACGCGCCCAAGUACGUGACGCCCGCUCCCACGGGAGUCUUCCCCAGGAGCGCUAAGGAACGACAACUCAGCUUCCAGGAGCGGAAAGAACAAAUGAUAGCCGAAGCGAGGAAACGAUACAUCGAGAAACACGGACUCAACGUCGCUUUGAAUUGUUGA